CAUCACACGGUCCCUGCUUCGCCUAUAUAUACCUCGAGCGGUAGAAGUCGAAGCAUCAGUAUCUUGUCUGACGUCGGCGACAACAUGAAGACCGUAAUUCUCUCCCUCGUCCUGGCCGUGGCCGCCGCCGCCCCUCAGUACGGGCGCCAAGACAGCUCGGAGAAGGGGGCGCCCAUCCUCCGGGACGAGCGCAUCCAGGAGGACGACGGAAGGUACAACUUCGACGUCGAGACCGGCAACGGCAUCACCCUCUCGCAGUCCGGUUCUCCCGUGGCCGAGGGAGCCAUCGCCAGCGCCGGCCAGUUCUCCUACACCGCUCCCGACGGCACUCCCGUCAGCCUCAAGUUCGUGGCCGACGAGAACGGCUUCCAGCCCCAGUCCGACCUCCUGCCCGUGGCCCCCGAGUUCCCCCACCCCAUCCCCGACUUCGUCCUGAGACAGAUCGAGUUCGCCCAACAGCAGGAGGCUGCCCGUGCCCGCGAGGGAGGCAGGUCUUAUGAAUAAGUUCAACGCAUCUUUUUUUUUACGAAUCUGAGGUCGUGUCGCUUCUCUGGUGACAUGAGCCAUUCUCUCUUCUUUUUAAUUUUCAUCCCACCCCUGCCACCAAUUUCUGAUCAGUCAAAAGAAAGAGAAGAAGAAAAAAAAAAGAGUCAUGAAUAUCUGGAUACUUUCUCUUCUAUUCAUGUAUUUAUAUUUAGGCAAAGAAAGUCUUUCAUCUCCAUAAAGGUAUUCGAAUAGGUUAACCCUGUCCUUGUGAAUUAAUCUUUCUGUUCUCAUUCUCAUUCUCUCUCUCUCUCUCUCUCUCUCUCUCUCUCUCUCUCUCUCUCUCUCUCUCUCUCUCUCUCUCUCUCUCUCUCUCUCUCUCUCU